AAAGUGUAGAAUAUAGGAAUAGUUUUAAUCAUUUCUGUUCUAAAGCGGAAUGAGUCCAUCUUAGUCUCAGACUUAAAGAUGAGAAUCCUGCUGUGCGUGACCUCACUGGUGGUGACACUCUGCUCCUCAUUAGCUGCUGAACUGAGUGACUGUCUCAAUGUCGGCCAGAAAUGCCACAGCGAUGCGCAGUGCAUGAACACGAUGGCAGGGGGUGUGGUGUGUGUGUGCAAGAUAGGGUACAAUGGGAAUGGAAUCCAGUGUGCGGACGUGGAUGAGUGUGCCACGGGCUUGCAUUCAUGCCACAGCAAGGCCACCUGUGUCAACACACCAGGUAGCUACAGAUGUCUGUGCCAGUCGGGGUACACUGGGAACGGGGUCGAGUGUGAGGAUGUCAAUGAGUGUCAGGUUGACAAUGGCGGCUGCGACACUAAUGCCAUCUGCACCAACACGGCAGGGAGCCGGAGCUGCCUGUGUAUGACUGGCUUCACUGGAAACGGAUUCACGUGCACUGAUGUGAACGAGUGCACGAGACGGGGGAUUUGCCAUUGGAAUGCCACCUGUACUAACAACCCCGGCUCUUACACCUGCACGUGCAACAGUGGAUAUAAGGGUAAUGGGAACUACUUAUGCUUAGACAUUGACGAAUGUUCUGAGACCCCAGGAGUGUGCUCUUCCUCAUUUGGGUACAAAGGAUGUAAGAACCUCCCUGGUACUUACCAGUGUAUGUGCGACAGGGGCUAUGAGAACAAUGGCAGGACAUGCUCAGACAUCAAUGAGUGUGCCAGCAGUUUCUGCAGCCCUUUUGCCAUCUGUAUCAACACACCAGGCUCUUACAGCUGCACAUGUAGCUCUGGCUUCACCGGAAAUGGUUUAACCUGUGUGGAUGUCAAUGAGUGUGCCAUUCCCAACAGCUGUGAUCCCAACGCCAACUGCAUCAAUGUCCUGGGUGGCUACAAUUGCUCUUGCAGAACUGGCUAUGAAGGUGGAGGAAAGUUGUGCACUGAUAUUGAUGAAUGCUCCACUCCUACCAUCUGUCCAGCCAGUGCCACUUGUGUGAACACAGGAGGAUCCUUUAGAUGUGACUGCAGCUCAGGGUUUGCCUUCAAUGGCACUGUGUGCAAAGACAUAGAUGAAUGUGCGCUAAACCUCUGCAGCCAGCAUGCCACGUGUGAAAAUGUUCCAGGUUCCUUUUCAUGUAAAUGCAAAGCUGGCUAUAAUGGCAAUGGUACUGCAUGCGUGGACAUUGACGAGUGCUCACAAAGCAGCACACUGUGCCACACGGAUGCUCUUUGUGCCAACCAGCCUGGUUCCUACAGCUGCAGUUGCAAAGUGGGCUACUCUGGUGAUGGGGCCACACGAUGUCAGGAUAUAGACGAGUGCAAAGUUCAGAAUGGUGGUUGCCUUCACAAUGCCACUUGCAUAAACAGUAAGGGCUCCUUCUUUUGUCAGUGUAGCCGUGGAUUUCAGCUUAUCAAUGGAACCAUUUGCCAAGACAUCGAUGAAUGGUUCUUAUCAGUGCCUCUGUGA